AUGGGAUUAUCCAAACUGCCACUCAGAGUACAUAAAGAUGUAACAAACUUCCCUUCAUCAUCAUCAUCAUCAUCAUCAUCAUCAUCAUCAUCAUCAUCAUCAUCAUCAUCAUCAUCAUCAUCAUCAUCAUCAUCAUCAUCAUCAUCAUCAUCAUCAUCAUCAUCAUCAUCAUCAUCAUCAUCAUCAUCAUCAUCAUCAUCAUCAUCAUCAUCAUCAUCAUCAUCAUCAUCAUCAUCAUCAUCAUCAUCAUCAUCAUCAUCAUCAUCAUCAUCAUCAUCAUCAUCAUCAUCAUCAUCAUCAUCAUCAUCAUCAUCAUCAUCAUCAUCAUCAUCAUCAUCAUCAUCAUCAUCAUCAUCAUCAUCAUCAUCAUCAUCAUCAUCAUCAUCAUCAUCAUCAUCAUCAUCAUCAUCAUCAUCAUCAUCAUCAUCAUCAUCAUCAUCAUCAUCAUCAUCAUCAUCAUCAUCAUCAUCAUCAUCAUCAUCAUCAUCAUCAUCAUCAUCAUCAUCAUCAUCAUCAUCAUCAUCAUCAUCAUCAUCAUCAUCAUCAUCAUCAUCAUCAUCAUCAUCAUCAUCAUCAUCAUCAUCAUCAUCAUCAUCAUCAUCAUCAUCAUCAUCAUCAUCAUCAUCAUCAUCAUCAUCAUCAUCAUCAUCAUCAUCAUCAUCAUCAUCAUCAUCAUCAUCAUCAUCAUCAUCAUCAUCAUCAUCAUCAUCAUCAUCAUCAUCAUCAUCAUCAUCAUCAUCAUCAUCAUCAUCAUCAUCAUCAUCAUCAUCAUCAUCAUCAUCAUCAUCAUCAUCAUCAUCAUCAUCAUCAUCAUCAUCAUCAUCAUCAUCAUCAUCAUCAUCAUCAUCAUCAUCAUCAUCAUCAUCAUCAUCAUCAUCAUCAUCAUCAUCAUCAUCAUCAUCAUCAUCAUCAUCAUCAUCAUCAUCAUCAUCAUCAUCAUCAUCAUCAUCAUCAUCAUCAUCAUCAUCAUCAUCAUCAUCAUCAUCAUCAUCAUCAUCAUCAUCAUCAUCAUCAUCAUCAUCAUCAUCAUCAUCAUCAUCAUCAUCAUCAUCAUCAUCAUCAUCAUCAUUUUAG